CCUAUUCGCUAAAUUUGAAAGUCCAAUGUUUUAUAUUUUAUGAGAUAUGGUCUUCUGAAUUCAUGACAUUGACGAUUUCCGAAGGCCGAAUUCAAAUAGCGCGAGCGAAUUUGAAUUACCCAAGCUGGGGCGAGUUUGACGUAAUAGUUGCCAUUGCAUGUUUUUGCUCAGUGCAGCCAGUAGCAGUAAAAAUUAAAUUUUGCCAAUUUUCUUUUUGUUGUUGCUGCUACUAUUAAUGCGUGUUUAUCUCGAUGUCUUCAACGGAGGAAGAAGUCGAAUUUGACAUCGAAUAUAUUGCUACGGAGGUCCAGCCUUACAUGUUUGAACCGCUAGCUAGUAGCAAUAAUGUUGAAACUGACGAAGAUCUGUCUUCGUCGUCGUCAACGGACAGCUCAUCUGACGAAUAUACUCACAGGAUUGGAAAUACAAACUGGUGUGAGUGUGGACACUGUGUGGCGAUGACAACAGGCCGGGAAAGCAUUUGUUGCCAUGAGGAACCGAAGACAGACCCUAAAAUUCAUGGUGACCAUUUAUGCAUCACAGAAGAACAAGAGUUUCACAUGGUCUGCAUCAACGAAACAGUCGUGAGAACAGCUAUGGUUGUAUUCGUUCACGAUCACGGGGCAAUACCAGACGCUCCAGAAACCGAAACUUUGCGUUACACUGCCUAUAGGCAAUGGACAGCAUGGAUACAUGGAAAGCUUGGCAAGAAAUAUCGACUUCCUAUACCAUCCUGUGCUGUUAAAGAAAUAAGGAAAGCAUUUCCUUCACCUUCUGGCAUAUAUAAAGGCUUUGAAUAUGCACAGCAUUUAUAAAUACCUCUUGCAUUGCCUUGUAAAAGAAAUGUGUAUGCUUUGGUGCAUAUAGUAUAACAACUCGAU